GCUACGAAGAUGGAACAUGCUUGGUCAUAUAAGCCAGAACAAGUACUUCACUUUUUUCGAGUAAGAGAAGAACGUGGACUUUCACACCAACAAGUUCAAGAGAAUCGUUCCUUUUACGGUGCCAAUGUCGUUCCCAAAGAGGAAGCAACUCCUUUGUGGAAGUUGAUUUUAGAACAAUUCAAGGAUAGACUCGUACUUAUUUUAUUAGCAGCAGCUUUUGUCUCUUUUCUUUUCGCUAUAUUUGAGGACAUCGAAGGCAGGUUGAGUGCCUUUUUUGAGCCAAUCGUUAUUCUUCUGAUACUAAUAGCGAAUGCUACAGUGGGUGUCAUUCAAGAAACUAAUGCAGAAAAAGCAAUAGAAGCUUUAAAGGAAUAUGAGGCUGAAACUGCAACUGUUUUACGGGAAGGACAUCUUAUCAGUGUUCCUUCAGCAGACUUAGUACCUGGAGAUAUUAUAGAAGUUUCCGUCGGUGAAAGAGUUCCGGCAGACUGCAGAAUAGUGCGGUUACUUUCAAGUAUCCUUCUGGUUGACCAAUCUAUUAUUACUGGUGAAUCUUUGAGUGUUUCAAAGAGUAUUGCAGAGAUAUCGGACCAGGACGCAGUUAUUCAAGACAAACACUGCAUUUUGUUUUCUGGUACUGAUAUAUCUCGUGGAAAAUGUCGUGCAGUUGUUGUGAAGACGGGUUCUGGAACUGAAAUUGGGAAGAUUAGAAGACAUCUUUCGCAGACAGAAGAAGUUACCACUCCGCUCAAACGCAAACUUGACGAAUUCAGUGGAUUCCUAUCCAAGGUAAUAUUGGUGAUAUGUAUCUUGAUUUGGUUCGUUAAUAUGGGCAAUUUCAAAGCUCAUGGAAGCUUCUUAAGAGGAGCUUUAUAUUAUUUUAAGAUAGCUGUUGCACUUGCAGUUGCUGCUAUUCCAGAAGGCCUUCCAGCUGUUGUUACAACUUGUCUUGCUUUGGGUACUCGAAAGAUGGCUAGCAGAAAUGCAAUAAUACGCAGUUUACCCUCUGUCGAAACACUUGGAUGUACUUCGGUGAUUUGCACAGAUAAGACAGGAACACUGACAACAAAUCAAAUGUCAGUUGAAAGAGUAAUCGUCUUUGAUGGUAUUGGUCCCAAUGGAUUGGCGUUUACGAAUGACUUGGAAGUUACAGGAGCAACUUACAGUCCCGAAGGCUUAUUUAAGAAACUUAGCGGACGCGAGGCACUGUCUUCUAGACACAGAAAUGGAGAAAUGUUGGAAAGCCAAUAUGCAGUUCUUAAGGACCCUGCAGAAACUAUUUCACAAGUAGCGGAGUUGGCAUGUAUAUCCACUCUUUGUAAUGACUCGUCUUUGUUCUAUAAUGAGGAACGGCAGAUCUAUGAGAAACUUGGUGAGCCAACUGAAGUUGCUUUGACAGUUUUGGCCGAAAAAAUUGGUGUACCAGAUUCAUCAUUAAAUAAUACGAGACAUAUAGCUCCUCCUGAAGAAAAGGCAAACUUUUGUCGUGACUUUUGGUUGAAACGUUAUGAGAAAAUUGCUACUUUAGAAUUCACCCGAGACAGGAAGUCGAUGAGUUUCUGUAUCUUUGAACGCUGUACUGGUAUUCGGAUUGGAAACGGAAAGGUUGCUGCAAUGACUACAGAACUUCGAGAGCAACUGAAUCGUUUAAUAAUUAAACUUUCAACUGGCGUACAUAGCUUGAGAUGCUUGGCAUUGGCUGUAAGAGAUGACAUUCAUUCUCGAGAGGAGUUCAACCUGGUAGAUACGUCUACCUUCUCUAGAGUAGAGAGUGAAAUGACCCUGAUAGGAAUUGUCGGUAUGCUGGAUCCACCAAGACCAGAAGUUCAUGAUGCAAUUCAGAAAUGUAAAGUUGCUGGAAUUCGAGUUGUAGUAAUAACAGGAGAUAAUAAAGCUACUGCUGAAACUAUUUGUCGGAGAGUUGGUAUUUUUGAUGAGUACGAAGAUUUAGAUGGCAAGUCUUUUACAGGUCGAGAGUUUGAUGGAUUAUUGGAUGACCAAAAACGUCACGCAGUGUUGGAGUCUAGUCUUUUUUCUAGAACAGAGCCUGUUCAUAAACAAAAGUUGGUGGAUCUGUUGAAGAGCUUUGAUGAAGUCGUGGCAAUGACUGGUGAUGGCGUAAAUGAUGCUCCUGCGUUGAAAAAGGCAGAUAUUGGAAUUGCUAUGGGUUCAGGCACUGCAGUUGCAAAGGGAGCGGCAGAUAUGGUCUUGGCAGAUGACAAUUUUGCCACAAUUGUUGCUGCUGUGGAAGAAGGAAGAGCGAUUUACAACAAUAUGAAACAAUUUAUUCGCUAUCUCAUAUCAAGUAACAUAGGAGAAGUAGUGUGUAUAUUUACUGCAGCAUUUCUAGGCAUGCCAGAAGCUUUGAUUCCUGUGCAACUUUUAUGGGUCAACCUGGUAACAGACGGAUUACCUGCAACGGCAUUAAGUUUCAAUGCACCUGAAAAGGACAUCAUGUUACAGGCUCCACGUAAAGCGAACGAAUCUAUUGUUGAUGGCUGGCUCUUCAUGAGGUAUUUAGUGGUUGGUACAUAUGUAGGAGUAGGAACGGUGGCGGGUUUUAUUUGGUGGUUUUUAUACUAUUCAAGAGGUCCUCAGAUGACUUGGAGCGAACUUUUGAAUUUUGAGUCUUGUAGACCAUCUUCCACUCGUUCAUGGAGUUGUGAAGUAUUUCAAGAUAGAGAGGCCAGUACCAUUGCCUUGAGUAUUCUGGUGACUAUUGAAAUGUUGAAUGCACUGAAUAGCCUUUCAGAAAACCAAAGCAUUUUUGUGAUGUCACCAUUUUCGAAUCCUCUUCUUAUCUUGGCAAUAAUUGUUUCGUUUAUAUUACAUUUCAUGAUUCUUUAUAUCCCUUUUUUUCAAAAGAUAUUUUCAGUCGCGCCUCUCAAUUUCGAAGAGUGGAUGGCAGUAGUUUGGUUAUCAUUUCCAGUGAUUCUUUUGGAUGAAAUGCUCAAAUUUGUAUCCAGGAAACUAAUUCAAGGCAGUAUAAGAAAGCGAAGAGUCUGAAAUUUAUGAAUUAUUUCUUUCCACUGUAUCAUUUUUUUCUAGUUUUGACUAUUCGACAAUAAAGGAAUUCUUUGCUCACAUGAAUGAGACUGAAUUAUUAUAAUGG